AUGCGGCCGAACCUUUUAGCAAGUCGGAGGACCCAAUCUUCGAUUGCAAAACAUAGCGGUUUCUCCGACAGAGCAAUAUCCAAUGGGUCGCUGCGAUGGGGACUUGUUGAGCGGCAGCGUGGUCACUAUACUUGCGAACGAUCUGUCUCAAAGCUCCGCUAUGUGUCCUUGCCAAAUACAAGCUCUUCCCGCCCACCUCUUAUGCCCACUCAAUCAAAGCGGAACUUCUCCAACACUACUCAUAAAGAAGGCAUAUGGGAUGACGACGAUGAAGUCCCAGAGCCAACCCCCGUGCAACGACUUCCAGGCCGGCCGACUUUUGUGCGCUCUGUCCAACAUCGAGACUUACGCAGCUUGAUUCGAUCGAGAGUAGAGGGGAAAAAUCGAGUUUCUGAACGUCUGCGCAUUGAAAAGCAGGUCAAUUCGCUACCUUCAUACCACGGACUUGUUGACAGUUUUAUCCAAUUGAAGUACAAACACGUUGAUGAACUUCUUGCUGAAUCCGCUAAGACAACUCAAAAAUAUGCGGCUGAAUGGGAAAGCCGGUCAAACUUUAUCAAGGCGCAGUUUGUAACUAUGGUCUCAAACGCAACGGAUUCAGUUCUACAGGCAGAGAAAAUCACCCAAGGGUAUAUCGCCGAAGUGACUGGUCUUUCAUCUUCCAUACUGGGCCGAAUACAGGCUGCUGUCACAGAUGCAGAGAAGAUCACUCAAAAAUAUAUCGCUGAACUUAUGGAUCUUUCGUCGUCUAUACUGCGCCCGGUACAGGCUGCUGUCACAAAAGCAGAGAAUACCGGUCGAAUGAUUGAUCAUGAUUUCUGUUGCAUUGCAUUUGCUAGGACUCCAGGAUUGCGGGAUGAGGUGCAGAUAUCCGCCCGGACCAUCCGUGGUUGGAGGAAGUCUUUCCAUACGACUCUGAUGACACUCUUGGAACCUUUGGUCAACAUUUCUGAGCUAGCAAUCCGUGAAUGGAGUGACACUAUCAGGGAUGAUUAUCUGAUACCCCGGAAAUCCGCAAGAAGCCGAAUUAAACAAGUUCUUCAUGAAAGCGAGCUGAUUGAUAAGACCUAUGUCGAGUUGCGACAGAAAUCCAAUAACGUAAGGAUUUUCGCCAUCAGGGACCUUUGCUUGGAUCUUCAACGGCACACGGACCUUUCUUUGGCCAAUAAACAGGUGUUUAUGCAGUACGGAGAAAUCCUUCAGCGCUGUGGUGCCGAAUUAAGUUUAUCUGCGCAUUCCUACCGUGCAGUCUGGCUCAGAAAGCAAAUGGCUUUCCAUUCACUUCGAAAAAGUGAACUAUGGAAUUUGCAUGAUUUCACGGCGGCAGUUUCGUCAGCACGUUCUUCUAGAGCUACUGACUCGGGUAUCGUACUUGCGCUUGGACUAGGCGCGUCAAAGAAGUCACCGGCAGGUCAGCACUUACACAACAGUGCGCGCCUGAUAUCCAACAAGAUCCGUCUCCAAUACAGGCAUCUUUGGACGCCAAAACCGGCACGCAGCUCCGAGCUACAUAUCUACUGGCGACAGUUGGACGUAAUAGCGCCACUACACAUGACCAAUGUUAUCACAUGGCGGCUUCAAAAUGAAGUUUGGUACCUUCACCACAGCCUCAGAGGCGAUUGUGGAGAUUUAUGGAGCUGGGUCCCUCGGGAGGCUCUGCAGCACCACGUUUGGAAAGUGGCCGACUGGUCCGUAAAAUUCCAGGAACAUCGCGGCGAGCUUCGAAAAAUGACCGCUAAUUACAUUCAUAUAAACUGGCUGCGUCUUCAAUCAGAAACCUUGCUACACUCAAUGGGAGAACCUGCUUAUCUUGCUGGAAAGUUUGAAGUCCUCGAUCCAGUGAGCCAGGAUAUCGACCGCUUCAAGCAAUGGGCCGAUCGCAUGGGCGAGCUCACUACGGAAGCGCAUAGUUUCUUAAUCGCCGCCCGGAUGUCACGAAAGGCGUGGGAUUUCGUCCACAGCAAGAUUCACCGCACGAUUGGGAGUGCUUUCGCUAACCCCAAGUUUUUAGAAUUGGGUUCUUCAGAGCACAAGCCCAGGCGUAGGAAGGGACGAGAGGGAUCCGGACCCCGUAAGGUCAAGGCUGCUUUGAUCAGAUCCCCUCAAAGUCGUUUUUGGCGAUAUACUAAAUGGCAACUGUCGAGCAAUCCCGAGUCUCCGCCUGCCAGUCAGGAUAAUCUGGUGCCUGCUCAGGAUGUGAAACCCUCUAGACCUGCCUUGAAAUGGAGAAGAAGGAGGGGGCCGAGGAAGAAUAAUCCGUCAACACCAAAACCGGAGGACCACACAACAGAGGGCAAGCUUGUAACCAAACCACUCCCAGUUGACGCACCUAUCGGCCAGGACAAUCAGGAGGACAGGCCGGUUAGCUACAAGCCAUCACCCAAACCCCGGAAGAGAAAAUAUAUGAGUUACAAAGUGCCCGAGCCCAACCCGUCCCUCGUCAAUGCGCCUGCUAGCCAGACAAAUCAAGGAGGGAGCCAGGUUCUUUCCAAACCGCCACCCAUACCCUCGAAGACCAAAGAGGUGAGCAUCAGCACAGAGUCACAUGUUGAGGGCCUCCGUCCACCAAUCCCAAGAGAAACCAGUAAUGGGAGCCUAGGUACACGGACACACGACGGACUGCGACCGGCAUCUAUGCUACCGAGGAAACCAUUCUCUAAACCAGAACCAAAUCAUGGGAGAAAGUAUAGCACAAAUACAGCCUACCAAACGAAACUUCGGCAAGCCGGGAGUGUCAGCGAUGAUUCACUGCCCGAACGGCCAGUUGAAGAUGCUCUGUCUUCUGUCCCAGCUACCACGACCGCAGAUGAGUCCGGAUUUAUUGAAGAAACCGAUUCCGCAGUUGAACCAUCCCCACCAUCGGAUAUUAGAUUUAAUGCCAGCAAUCUUACAACCCCCCAGUUCUGGAGCCAUAGUUCGCACCAAAGCCCCGAAGGCCGCAAACUUAUUGUCCAUUAUUGCCGGACCCUUCAAAGUACCGAAGAUGCCGUGCAACACUUCCUCGGGAGCAAGGUCAUUGGAUUCGAUAUGGAAUGGAAGGCUCAAGCAUCCAGCUGGGACAGCAUUCAGAGCAAUGUCUCGGUGAUCCAAAUCGCAAACGAGGAGCGUAUCGCCCUCUUCCAAGUUGCGCUCUUUAAGCCUGCGCGUUCUCUGGAUGACUUAGUCUCUCCUUCAUUGAAACGCCUCAUUGAAUCUCCCGAUGUCAUCAAAGUGGGUGUUGCAAUCAAGGCAGACUGCACCCGGCUGCGCAAGUAUCUCGGCAUCGAUGCCAGAGCCACCUUCGAGCUCAGCCAUUUGUACAAGUUGAUCAAGUACGGCAAAGACAACCCCAAAUUGGUAAACAAGAGGGGCGUUAAUCUCAGCGAGCAAAUAAACGAACAUUUCGGUCUCCCCCUCGAGAAAAGUGAUGAUGUCCGCUGCGGUGAUUGGACUCGGCCUCUGAGUUACCGUCAAGUCCAAUAUGCUGCUACCGAUCCGUAUGCUUGUGUUCGUUUAUUCCAUGCCAUGGAGGCGAAAAGACAAGCCAUGAACCCAGUGCCGCCUCGUCCCGCAUAUGCUGAACUCAACCAGCCCAUUGUUCUUCCACUUGGACAAGCAGUCAACAGCGACGAAGACCCAUUGACAUGA